UCCCGGCGGGCCGUGCCCUCGCUGCGGCUGGGACGGGCUGAGAUGGCGACGGCGCGGCUGAGCGGCACCGAGAACCGUCUGGUGUCGCUGCCCCUGUCGCGGAUCCGCGUCAUCAUGAAGAGCUCCCCGGAGGUCUCCAGCAUCAACCAGGACGCGCUCUUCCUCACCGCCAAGGCCACGGAGCUUUUUGUUCAGUAUUUGGCUACAUACUCCUACAAACAUGGCAGAGGGAAGGAGAAGAACGCUCUGACAUACACUGACUUGUCUCAUACAGCAGAAGAGUGUGAGACCUUUCAGUUCCUUGCAGAUAUCUUGCCAAAGAAGAUCCUAGCUAGCAAAUACCUAAAAAUGCUUGAAAAGGAGAAGCGAGAUGGAGAAGUGAGGGAAGACGAAGAUGAGGCUGAGGAGGAAGAGGAUGAAGACAAAGCUGUUGGUGACAGUGUUGGAUCUUAAGGCCAAUGAGGAAUUGUUUCAUAGUUGAUCCAUUUUUCUAUUGUAUAAAGGAUGUUAUUUUUGUGACUGAGAAUCCAGAUGCUGGAUGUAUUUUUACACUGAGCCAUCUGCUUUUGCUUUAAGAAGUUUAGAAAUUGAACUUUAUACUCGUUGGAGAAUGGAAUUCUUCCCUCAGAAACACAGUGGGGUAGGAAGAGACAGUGCAAACCUGACAGCAGAGCUUGGUCAGAUGAUUUGAAAUGACUUUGUCAGACAAUCAUUACCCAAAUUUAAAAUUUCUUACAGGCAGCUUUCAGUUCAAAAGCUCCAAAAGUGGACCAUUAAAAAGUUGUCUGUAAAAGCAGCCAUGUGGGGACCCAAAUGGGAGAGGAGAAGAUCUAUGCCAAGAGCUAAUGAGCUAAUGGUGGUUCUGGAGCUGUGGUGGUAAAUGGGGUAGAAAAUUAUGUAAAUAUGUGCAUCCAGAACCCCAUUCUUGAAUGAACUCCACUUCUGCAGUUUCUCUUGCCAAAAUGCACAUUGAAGUCUGCUAAUUGUGGGUUUUUGAGAAAGAGCAGCUCUUUACCAUGUGAGUGACAGAGAUGGAUUUUUCAUUUGGAUUUGGUUUGCUUUUCUUUUUUUACUACAGAAAUGGCAACCAUCCUGUGUAGAACUUUACCUGCAACUUUUUUAAAUAAAUGUUUUGUAUGAAAACUUGACAA